AUGUCACGUCCCCAAGACCCCUUUAAAACAUCAACAGUGGCUAACAACGAGCCUUCAUUACCUCCAUCUUGCGAUCCCUUAUCGAGGACGCCAUCUACCGCACAACGAACAACCUCUAUAGAUUUGCCAUCUGACCGUGCUACAUUAUUCUUUGUGCGCCGCACACUUUGCUCACAGCUUGGUGAUAAACAUCGUUGUUCUCCACCGGCUCCUAUCAACGAAAUACUUCCGCCUUUAACCAGUAGCAAUGAUAUAGAUCUCCAACUAUAUGCGUGUAUUGCCAUUUUAUUUCGCGAGUAUGUGCAGACGUGGUACCACAAGAUUACUCCUGAUCAAACCUUUGUUGACGAGUUGGUGAAGAUCAUUGCGCACUGCACCAGAGCUCUUGAACAGAGGUUACGGAAGGUUGAUUUAGAGAGUUUACUAUUUGACGAAAUUCCUGAACUUCUAGAUGCUCAUAUUCAAGCUCAUCGAAUAUCGUAUCUGCCUCUUCAUCCUCCCCCUAUAUCUCAAAAUUCACGACAAAUUUACCACUCACUAACACCACUUCCCGCCCUUUCUCCUGUCCCUGGCGAAGUAGAAGAAUCAUCGGCACACCGUCAGGCAGAAAAUGAGUCGGCCUAUCGGCAACUUUUGAGCCAGGGAGUAUUGGCCCUCCUUCUACCCACAGAAGACCUUGAAAAUGAUUGCCUUGUCAGCAUUGUUAGUGAAUUAGUAUCAGAAACUCUGCUAGGUGUGAUUGGAAAAAGAGCAGCUGAGCCAUGGCAAUUAUGGGAAGGAAUUGCAAAGCUUGCAGGCUUACUAAAGCCACGAAUUCCUCCCAACAAUGUACGAGAACGAAACGAGCAGACAACCUCAGGGAAUGAAAACCCGUUCAUAUCGAAGGCUGCAGAAAAAGACACGAUUAACUAUAGAGCUCGUCAAAAAUUGCAGAAACAUUUUUGGGCUUUUCUUCAAUGUGGAUAUUUAGCGUUUACCAUGGUCCGAUUAUUCUUUCACACCAUGUCAUCUGCAUCAUCUCUUCCGUCACGGAAUAGACAGAUGUUCCAAGAAGCGGGAAAAAAUAAUCUUUACCAUAAAGAUAUGUCUAAAGCUCCCCACCAACAAUACCAGCAAGUAUCAUCGAAGCAACCGAUAGUGACCAUGAAGAUCUGGACUUGCGCUGCUAGACUUAUUGACUUAGAUGUGCGCAUGCCAUGGCUAGCUGCUUUUUUUUCAAUGCUUCAAUGGGCUACUCUUACCGGGCCUGGGCAAAUUGGCAAAACUGACGGGAUAUUUGAUAAGUUUCUUUCACAUGCAAUACGCACCCACGUUCUGGUUCCUACCGUGCUGCCCGAGCUUCUGAAAAUGACUCGUACCGUCCUAUUUCCGAACAACAUGCUGGCUCCACCACGUCUAGCUCCCGAUGCUAGUGAGAGCCUCGCCAUUCGCCGACAAUGUGCCGAGGCUCUCCUCAAUCUCGUUCCUACGGGGAUCAGGGAGACAUAUUUUGGGCCAGGAUGGGAGAAAAUGGUGAGGGAAAUGGAGGCGAGUCUCGACGUUUUGGGCGAUAGCUAUUGUAACAAGCACCUCAUGUAUAGCCUGGUUGACCUGGUAGUCGUACGACUGAUGCCCGAGUUGGCCGAAAGCGGCGUCGAGGCCCUGCUGGCAGAGCGCCUGCACUAG